CUCUCAGAAACGUGCAUGUUUGAGUGGCUUGGGCCGGCCAACAAGUCUCAACCAGCUGCACCGAGAGCGCUGCAGUGAUUCUUGGGCGGCGUCUACAUCCCGUGAGCAACCAUGAUCCGCUAUACGAAGGGUGCCAGCCAGACGCUGGUCUACUGGUGGGGGGGCAUCAACCGCCACCUGCUGUUGAGUUCAGUCCUCUACCUGAUGUUCCUUCUGGUCCUUUACUAUGUGCAGAGCCGCUUCCCAUUUUUGAAGGUGGACUGCUCCACCAGUGGUCUGUCCAUGCUGGGCAGCCUCACUGUCUUCCUGCUUGUCUUCCGUAUGAACCAGUCCAUGGCGCGGAACAACGAGGCCACCGAGCGCACGGACGAGAUGUUCGGGGAGAUGGACUUCUUGGUGCACUCCGUGUGUAACUUCCUCGCAGGCGCCAAGGAGGACCACUUGGGGGAUCUGGUCAUGGGCCAUCCGCCCCGCAGCGAGCAGGAGCUGCACCAAAUGCGUCUCCACGGGGAGCUGGCCACGGCCAUCCGCAUCCACGUGGUGCGGCUGACCAUCGCCUUCGGCGUGAGCGUUUUGUUGUACUUCCGCAUUCUGACGGCGAUGGCGGAAUAUCAGGGCAUCCUCGAAGACGAGGACUUGGUGCAGGUUGUCUUCCUCCACAGCCGCCUUCAGGCGCUGCUCUACGAGGAG